UUAGAAAUUCGGAGCUUACGACCGGUAUGUGAAGGCAUCACGAGUACAUUCCCGCACCUACUGACAAUUACAAGAAAAAAAAAAAACAUGCCGAAAACUUCUGCUAAGCCAACAACGCUGUCACCUUUGACCAGUCUCAGCCGAUGCUUCCACAUAUCUUCAUAGGACCCUGAUACAGAAGUUUGACGGCUUUAAACAAGUCAAUCUGCAGAGACCAUAAAGCAUGUUUCACCUAAUCAAGAAAGACAAGGAUAAGGAAAAGGAGCUUGGCAAGAAGGAGAAGAAAGACAAGAAAGAGAAAAAAGAACGGAUGUCCCAGUCAGAGUUAAAAAGCCUGGAAGAGAUUAGUAUACGCAGAGGCUUCUUCCAUGUGAAUCGAGGGAGCACCAAGAGGCAAUCUAAGAGCAAGCUGGAGAUCUCUAACCCUAUUCCAAUUAAAGUAGCUAGUAACACGGAGCUUUGCCUGACAAACGUAGAGACAGAUCGGCAUCCCAAUACCCAGGAGCCGGAUGUGCAACAAACUUGUCCAAGUACCUCUGGUAAUGAUGUGAUUAGUAAUGAACUGGAACCUCAGCGAUGCUCUGUAAAGGAGAGAGCAGCUAAGUUUGGGGAACUGGCUAAGACAAAUUCAGCAGUGGGUCCUAGGCAAGCAACUAUGAGUCAAAAGAGCAAAGAUGGCAGCACCUCCAGUCUCUCAGCUCAGAACACGACUACAGUUAACUCGGCGUUCUAUCCCAACCCAAAAGACAUUGUUAAGGUUCACAUUCCUGAGAUCAUAGAAAAGACCUAUCCUGGUGCAGACUUACAGUUGCCUAUACUUGUCACUCUGCCGGUACCAGAUACAAGAGAACUUGAGAUUCAACGACGAAACACUGGGGAUUUCGGCUUCUCUUUGAGGAGGACCACAAUGAUUGAGAGACAACAAGAUGGAGGUGUGUGCCGGCGAGUUGUGCAUUUUGCCGAACCAGGGGCAGGUACCAAGGACUGGGCUUUGGGCCUGGUGCCAGGAGACAGGCUCGUGGAAAUUAAUGGUAUCAACGUGGAGAGCAAAAACAGGGAUGAAAUUGUGGAGAUGAUCCGUCAGUCAGGAGAAGCAGUCCGACUAAAGGUGCAACCGAUUUUGGAGCUUGGUGAGUUGAGCCGCAGCUGGCUGAGGACCAUGCAAGUUCUGCCCAAAGAAAUCUUUGAUGUAAAGGAGACGUCUUGCUUCCCUGCCGUGUCCAAUGGUAAACCAUCCCCUGCUGCACAGGAGAGUUCAACUGCAAAGGCUCCUGAGCUGAUUCCGUCUGAGGAAGACCACAAGCGUGUCAGGAAGAUCUUCACGCUAGAUGGCAAUAAUUCCAAGCUUGUUGAGGACCCAGUGGCCAUCCUUCAGGCAGCACACUUGGCUGCAACCAAGGUGAAGACAGAGGAACAGAUAAAAGCAGAAAAGGCCUGGUAUGAAACAGAAAAAUUAUGGCUUGUCCACAAAGAUGGAUUUUCUUUGGCCACUCUGCUGAAGACGGAGGCAGGCAGUCUGCCAGAGGGGAAGGUAAAAAUCCGCCUGGAGAGUGAUGGAUCUUUAUUGGAUGUGGAUGAAGAUGAUGUAGAGAAGGCAAACCCGCCGUUGUUUGACCAAGUGGAGGACUUGGCCUCUCUGCAGUAUUUGAACGAGUCAAGCGUAAUGCAUUCAUUGCGGCAGCGUUAUGGCAGCAACCUCAUGCACACCCAUGCCGGGCCAAACAUGGUGGUUAUUAACCCAAUUAGCGCCCCCUCUAUGUAUUCUGAGAAGGUCAUGCAGAUGUUUAAGGGCUGUAGAAAAGAGGACACUGCCCCUCACAUUUACAGCAUGGCCCAGGCUGCCUAUAGGAGCCUCCUUACUACUCGUCAGGAUCAGUCCAUUGUCUUGCUUGGCAAGAGUGGAAGUGGCAAGACCACCAACUGUCAGCACAUCAUCCAGUAUCUGGUUACCAUAGCUGGAAGCACCAACAAAAUAUUCUCCACAGAGAAAUGGCAGGCAGUCUAUUCAGUUUUGGAGGCUUUUGGGAACGCUUCAUCUUCCCUUAAUGGAAAUGCAAGUCGCUUCUCCCACAUUGUUUCCCUGGAUUUUGAUCAGGCAGGCCUGGUGACAUCAGCCUCCAUCCAGACAAUGCUUUUAGAAAAAAUGAGGGUGACGAGGAGACCAGAGGGGGAGUCCACUUUUAAUGUGUUUUACUACCUGAUGGCUGGAGUAGACAGUGCUCUUAGAACUGAGCUGCACCUCAACCACUUUGCUGACAACAAUGCAUUUGGAAUCAUGCCACAGAGUAAGGCAGAGGAUAAGCAGCGGGCCUCUCAGCAGUUUUCCAAACUGCAAGUAGCCCUGAAGGUCCUUGGGAUCAGUCCGGAUGAGCAGCGGGCCCUGUGGCUGGUUCUUGGGGCCAUCUAUCAUCUUGGAGCAGCUGGAGCUACCAAGACUGGCAGGAAACAAUUUGCACGUCAUGAGUGGGCCCAGAAGGCAGCCUACCUGCUGGGCUGCACACUGGAGGAGCUUUCCUCCUCCAUCUUCAAGCAUCAGGCCAAGGGCACCCUGCCCAGAGCCGGCACCAUCCGCCAGCCUUCAGAAGAAAAUGGCACAGCAGAUGCAGGAUCCAAAUCGACAGCAAUGGAGUGUUUGGAGGCAAUGGCAUCUGGGCUUUACUCUGAAGUCUUUGCUGUCGUCAUUUCUUUGAUAAACCGGGCUUUGAAAUCCAGCCAGCACUCCAUGUGCUCCGUGCUCAUUGUGGACACACCAGGCUUUCAAAACCCAAGGCUUGCUAAGCAUGAGAGCGGCACAACCUUUGAAGACUUGUGCCACAACUACACUCAAGAACGCUUGCAGAGCCUCUUCUACCAGCGCACCUUUGUUCAGGAACUGGAAAGAUACAAAGAGGAAAACGUUGAACUCGCCGUAGAAGACACUGAGUCCAGCACGUCUCUUUCAGUGGCAGUGAUAGACCACACCUCAAGCCAUGCACUUGUGCGUACAGUUCGAACAGACGAGGCAAGGGGUCUUUUGUGGCUGAUGGAGGAAGAGGCACUGCAGCCAGCAGGAUCACCAGAAACACUUUUGGGACGCCUCUUCAGCUACUAUGGACCAGCUGAGGGCAAGAAUAUAGGUCACACAUUUCUUUUGAGGAGUGAGAAGGAAAAUCACUUCCUUCUGGGCCACAGUCAUGGGACUGACUGGGUGGAGUAUGACGCUCGUGGGUGGCUUAACUAUGCCAAACAGAACCCUGCGUCUACCAAUGCAAUCAGCCUGCUACAGGACUCCCAAAAAAAGAUAAUCAGCUCCUUGUUCACGAGUCGGGCAGGCGGUGCCAUUGUGCUGUCAGGUUCUAUUGCUGGUCUCGAGGGUGUGUCCAACAUGUCCCUACACAGGGCUGCCAGCAUGAGGAAGACCUUCAGCACAGGAGUUGCUGCAAUAAAAAAGAAGUCCUUGUGCAUACAAAUAAAGCUCCAAGUGGAUGCCCUUCUUGACAUGUUACGGAGGUCUAAGAUUCACUUUGUUCAUUGCAUAUUGCCCAAGGCUGAUGCUCUGAGGGCUCUUAGUGGAUCCCUGUUCAAAGGUGGCGAAUCCGAGGCUCAAGGGGAGCCCGGAGAUCCUGGCUUAAUGCAGCUGGAUGUGUCUUUACUUCGUGCUCAGAUACGCGGUUCCAAGCUGCUUGAUGCCCUACGGAUCUACAGGCAAGGUUACCCUGAUCACAUGGUGUUUUCUGAGUUCCGACGGCGCUUUGAUGUACUGGCCCCACACCUCACCAAGAAGCAUGGGAGGAAUUACAUUGUGAAGGAUGAGAAGAGAGCUGUGGAGGAGCUGUUGGAGUCCCUGGAUUUGGAGAAGAGUAGCUACCACAUGGGUCUGAGUAGGUUGUUUUUUAGAGCCGGCACUUUGGCUAAGCUGGAAGAACAGCGGGAUGAACAGACCAAGCGUAAUCUAACCCUGUUCCAAGCUGCCUGUAGAGGUUACCUUGCACGGCAGGCCUUCAAGAAGAGAAAGAUCCAGGACCUUGCAAUCAGGUGCAUUCAGAAAAACAUCAAGAAGAAUCGUGGUGUGAAGCACUGGCCGUGGUGGAAGCUCUUCACUACAGUUCAGCCGCUCAUUAAAGUCCAACUCACCGAGGAGCAGAUGCGAAGCAAAGAUGAGGAGAUACAGCAGCAGAAAUUGAAGCUCGAGAGAGUGGAGAAAGAGCGAAAUGAAUUGAGACUGAACACAGAUCGAUUGGAGAACAGGAUUGCGGAAUUGCUGGCUGAGCUCGCCGACGAGAGGAGCACCAGUGAAUCAGCUUCCCAGUUGCUUGAAACUGAGACUUCAGAGAGACUGCGUCUGGAGAGGGACAUGAAGGACCUACAGGUUAGGUUUGAUGCCAUGAAAAAGCAAAUGGAGUCACAGGAAAUGGAGCUUAUGGAAGCACGUCUCACAAAAGCAUCAGAACUCAAUGCAGAGAUGGAUGACGAUGAUGAUUCUGGAGGCGAGUGGCGGAUAAAAUGCAAUCGAGCCAUACGGGAAAUGGACUUCACCAAAAAGAAACUCCAGCAGGAGUUCGAUGACAAGCUGGAGACAGAGCAGCAGAGCAAAAGACAAGUUGAAAGAAAGCUGGCUGAUUUACAGACAGAUAAUGAGGAUCUGCAGCGCUCUGUGCAGCAAAUGAAGAAGAAGUGGCAAAAGAUGACUGCCGAGCUGCAGGACACCAAGCUUCAUCUGGAGGGCCUGCAGAGCCGCAACCACGAUUUGGAGAAAAAACAGAGGAAAUUUGACCUGGAGCAGAGCCAGUCUCAGGAUGAGGUACAGAGAGAACGGAGCCAACGGGAGAAACUGGCUCGAGAGAAGGACAUCAUGACUGGUGAGAUAUUUCACCUCCGCCAGCAGCUGCAGGACAAGGACACAGAACUGUACACCUCCAAUGUGAAAGUGCAGCAACUGGAGGCAGAGCUACAGGAUCUGUCCUCCCAGGAGUCCAAGGACGAAGCCUCGCUGGCAAAGUUAAAGAAGCAACUUCAUGACCUCGAGGCGAAGGUGAAAGAUCAGGAAGAGGAGUUGGAUGAGCAGGCUGGAAUGAUCCAAAUGCUGGAACAGGCUAAGCUGAGACUUGAGAUGGAGAUGGAGAGGCAGCGGCAGACCCACUCCAAAGAGAUUGAGAGUAAGGAUGAAGAGGUGGAGGAAAUCAGGCGGUCGUGCAGUAAGAAGCUCAAACAGAUGGAGGUACAGCUGGAGGAGGAAUACGAUGACAAACAGAAAGUCUUGCGUGAAAAACGGGAGCUGGAGUCCAGGCUCCUGAUUGCCCAGGACCAGGUUAGCCAAAGGGAUGUGGAGACGGAGAAGAGGCUAAAGAAAGACUUGAAGAGAACAAAAGUCCUUCUGGCUGACGCACAUAUUAUGCUGGACCACCUGAAGAGCAACGCCCCCAGCAAAAGGGAGAUUGCCCAGCUCAAAAAUCAACUGGAGGAGUCAGAGUUUACAUGUGCAGCAGCAGUGAAAGCUCGAAAGGGCAUGGAGAUUGAAAUUGAAGAUUUGCAUAUUCAAAUGGAAGAUGUGGUCAAAACCAAGAUGGCGCUAGAGGAGCAGGUCAGCCGUCUGCAGAGAGAGAAGAAUGACCUGCAGUCUCGCAUGGAGGAGGAUCAGGAAGACAUGAAUGAACUGAUGAAGAAACACAAAGCAGCAGUUGCACAGUCCGCAAGGGACUUGAGCCAGAUCAGUGACCUGCAGGCCCAGCUAGAAGAAGCCACAAAAGAGAAGCAGGAAAUCCAAGAAAAGCUCCAUUCACUCCAGAGCCAGCUAGAGUUCCAGGAGCAGUCCAUGGUGGAGAAGUCGCUCGUUAGCCGCCAGGAGGCAAAGAUCCGUGAGCUGGAGACUAAGUUGGAGUAUGAAAAGACUCAAAUCAAGCGCUUGGAGAGCCUAGUGGGCCGUCUGAAGGAGAAUCUAGAAAAGAUGACUGAGGAGAAAAACCAACGCAUUGCAGCAGAAAACAGGGAGAAGGACCAGAAUAAGCGAAUGCAGAGGCAGAUAAGAGACAUGAAAGAGGAAAUGGCUGAGCUGUCCAAGAAGGAGGGAGAAGCAAGCCGGAAGAAACACGAACUGGAAAUGGAUAUUGAGAGCUUAGAGGCAGCAAAUCAGAGCUUACAAGUGGACCUUAAGCUGGCCUUUAAAAGGAUUGGGGACCUGCAGGCGGCCAUCGAGGAUGAGAUGGAGAGCGAUGACAAUGAGGACUUGAUUAACAGUUUGGAAGACAUGGUGACAAAAUAUCAAAAAAGAAAGAACAAAAUUGGAGAGGGGACAGAAACUGAUUCAGAAGUGGAGGACCGGGUGGACGGUGUUAAGUCGUGGCUCUCAAAGAACAAAGGCUCCAGCAAGACUUUGUCUGACGAAGGGAGUCUGAAGAGCACCAGCCCCCCUGUAUACCGGAGACACAUGAGUCUUGGCAGAUCUGAUGAAGAGGAUGAGGCUGACAGAGACUCCAGCAGGCAGUCCCUGAGGCAAAGCAACAGCGAAGGCUCAUUGAUUGAGAGCUCGUCGUAACCCCUCAGUCAGGCAACCUUGUUCUUUCAGCGACACCAAUCACACAGAAGGGACACGCUUUAUCUCCCCUCACUUUAUAACCAGUGACCAGCAAGCAAGGACAGAGGAGAGAGGCACACAAAUACACUUUGUUAAUGCUACACCCUGGACUUUCCAUCAUGCUUAUUAUGGUACCUUUUAUUAGCAUGAGGUAAAUUUCCUCCCACGGAUAAAUUGUGCCUCUUCACUUUUACUUCUAACAACAUACUGAGUUAGUCACGCAUAGCAAAAAGAAGUCAAACACUAUGUAAAGAACUUUCUGCUGCUGCUGCUUUAAUUCACAAGAGGUUCUUUUUAGGUAAAUUUAAGCUCUCUGCACUCUGCUCUGACUAUACACAUCGCUCUGCCAAGAGGAUUUAGAUAAGCCGCUCCAGCUGGACUCCUUCAAGAAGGUCUGACCAACUAUUAAGAUUAUUCUUAUCUCCUCUCCAUUCAUGUGGACUGGCACAGUGGGAGAAAUUAGCCAGUUUUCAAUUAGUUAUCUUGCUGUAAGUUUACACGGGGCUCAUAUUCAAAAUUAAGAUAUCUUCCUAUGAACAAAGUGAUGCUGUGUGAUGAUUUGAAAGUAAAAUUAUUUGUGAAAAUAAACUUAUGUUUGAACAAAGCUGUUAGAUGAUUAAAUGUGACCCUUUGUCAAAAGAAAUAUUUAUAUUAUCUAUACAUGUCUAAGAUUGUGUCUGGAAUUAAUUGCUUUGACUUGUAUUUAAAUGAAGUUUUUCUUAAGCUUGUAAAAGAGUGACUGUUAAGAUAAAGUUUAUGUCAUAUUUAUGUUUCAUCCUUAUCACCAAGUGGAGUUCACACUGAAAUUCUUCCGAUUUUGGUCCUACAUGGGAUAAUUCUUGAAGUUCAGCGGGAAUUAUUUUUUUUCUGUUAUAUGAGCUUUUCAUCAGAUCAUGUAGAUGUUGAGAUGUAGGAAUUAAUAUUGUAUUUUUAAUAUACGUCUGACCAACCCCUGCUUAGAUGUUGGGAUACCCUGCAGAUGAACGCACCAGAUUUAGGCAAAGCAAUGUUUGAAUGUAAUUGGUUUCAGCAGUAAUUUAAAUAGUUGUAUAUUAUGUUUUUCCAGUGCAUUAUUGCAUUAAUACUUUUGGUGUGCCAACAAUCUCUAUUUGUAGAUUGUGUUUAUUAAAGUGGUUUAGUGUGAUCGAUAAAGGCAUUUACAUUAAACAUCCAGUUCCUAUUUUCA